UAUCUGCGAAUGUCAUUGCACGGUUAACUGGGCACGAAACUCCGACGGAAAUGUACGUAAAAUUGUAAACUGUUGUAACAUGGCUAAUAAUCCAGCUCCAACACCAGAAAGGGCGAUCUAUGGUUUUGUUCUCUAUCUUGGAUCUAUUUUAGGGUUCGGUCUUUAUCUAAUAUGGGCAUAUAUUCCAGUGGAGCUGCUUCAUUUGCUUGGACUUACAUACUGGCCACAAAAAUACUGGGCUUUAGCACUUCCAGUCUAUGUAUGUGUUUUCCUGUAUUUCAUCUAUAUCUUCUAUGUUGGUCAUAGUUUUCUUAUUACACCAGCCCCAGAUUCUAUGAAAACACUAACAGAUAAAUAUGCCAAGGACCCGCCCAAGGUUGACCCUACCCCAGAUGCUAUUCCACCGAUAUAUGAUAUUCACAUUAGUGAGGUUAAUAGACAUCUAUAUAUGAAUGGGAAGCAGGAGAGAUGACAAGACGAUGAUAGCUGAACAAUUGUCUUAUGUUCACAGUGAAUCUGUGUUUCCUUGGGUUGGUGUCCCCACUACAUCUCUGCAAGGAACUUCAUCAAGGGAUAAUCUUAUACCCUUCUGACAGAUAGAGCAUUUCAUCAACAUUUUUUCUGACAAGUGGUUGAAUCUGACAACUUUCCUUGAUAUUGAUUAGCUGAUAAACACAGUUCCUUUUGUAACUGUCAGAUAAAUCAUCAAACAGGUCCUGUUUCUCCCUGGGUCAGCUAUGAUUGACAUCACAGACAAGAUGUUAAGGGUUGUACCACAGUCAAACUCACUCUACACUGAUUGAGUAUAUCAUAUUAUUUCCAAUCGGUUGGUUUAAAAUCGUUUUAUAGAAUUAUGAAGUGUGAUGUCAUCAAUUUUUCACUUGUGCAUUUCAACAUUUUUAUGCCAUAUUUUGGUAGAGCAUGAUGAAAUACCUCCACAAUCAAAAUUUGUUGGAAAUCAGUCCAUGAGGCCCAAAAUAUGACCUCAUCAAUACUUAAUUAGCCCCAUUGAAGUAUUGUUAUAAUAAUAAUAAUAUAGCACAUCUUUUCUUUGAAUAUAUUCAACUGCGCUUAUUCAAAGCUCUUUUUACCUUAUUCUUUAUUGACACAGCAAUUUUCUUGAUUAAAGAGAUAUGUUUUGAAAUUUUAGAUAGUAAUGGAGAACUGU